AUCGGCAAGUUUUCUCCAUUGUAUUUCGUCAUAGAAGAGUAACUAGCUAAAAUCUAUAUCUCGUUUCAUAAUAUUGUCAGCGUUCUCGUUUUAACACCUGGUUUUACCUAUUGCUAUUUAGUUUUAUGGUUAUCGCUUCUGAUCACUUCGUAAUUGCCGUGGUAUUUGGCGCUAUUGACUACGCUGCUGGCAGCGGCAGCGCUCCCGGCAUUUUGCUUUGUCUCCUUUGCUUUCACGUUUUUCAAUUAUCGCUUGAUUCUUUUCUUGAUUUCUCUCUCACUCUCAAUGUCGAAAAGUGUUGCAUUUUCGGCAUUUGCUUCAAGUGUUUAUUUCAUGUGUGUGUUUUGCAUUGGAUGCAAUCGACUUGGCUAAUACUUCUAUGGCGUCGUAAGCUCAGUGCUCUGCUAAUCGGCUCUAGUUUAGUGCUGUUCGUACUUUGGACCUGGGUUUUCUUUAUUUCGAGCAGCAGCGACAUACCGACUGAUGGUCAAUUUAAUGACCUAAUACAAACUGACAAUCCACAAAAGCACGUAUAUCUUCUGCAAAAGCUUAUCUCGCAGGCAAAUCGCGUAUUACGCCACCAACAACAACAACAGCACAACAGCGCGACAAGUGUUGAACGCAAUUUGCUACGCUCACGCGGCCCCACUGGCGGCAUACCAGUGCCUGCAGCAGCUCAUAGUGGCAAAAACUCCGGCAUUGUGCGCUUUGUAAAGCCUACGAAGAGUCCACCAUCUGUUGCCAUUCCUGAAGCAUCCGAGCAGACACUCUCGUUAGUCGCGCGACGAAAGAAAAUACCCGUGGUGGGUGGAAACUAUCUGUUUGAAGAGGAACGCCUAAAGAUACUUGAGAAUCAACAACGCGUGCGCAACGCUGGCAUGGAAGACUUCCAAAGCAAUAUGGACUAUGAUAGAGUAUUAACAUCAGCCGAGCGGCAGGCACAGUAUGAACAUGAACUGCAGCGCUUUGGUGUGCCAGCUAUUGCAGGCAUUGGGCCGGAUGGACCACGUGCACCUAACGAACGGCUGGUGCACUUAGACCUGAAGGGGGCGCCACCAAAGCUCUCAUUUUUGAAACGUCUCUUGCCGAUGUUGAAAAGGCUGGGUGCUACUGGGUUGUUAAUUGAAUACGAGGAUAUGUUUCCCUAUGCAGGCGUAUUGCAAGAACUCUCCGCUAGAAAUGCUUACAAAGCUGAAGAAUUGAAGGAUUUCCUUGAAACCGCAGCCAUGCAUGGCCUCUCCAUCAUGCCUUUGAUUCAAACGUUCGGCCACAUCGAAUUUGCUUUAAAACUACCAAGAUUCGAACAUAUGCGUGAAAUAUCCGAAAGUCCACAGUCUAUAUGCCCCAGCCAGCAGGAUUCAAUUGCAUUUAUUCAGAACAUGCUGACCCAAGUUAUAGAAUUCCAUCUUAGCUUAAAUGGCGCAGCCACAAAUAGUAACAGUUCAUCAACAGUGGCGCAGGCCACUUUUUUGCCAUCGGACCAUUCCAACAAAUUCACACACAUUCACAUUGGUUGUGACGAAGUGGCGCGCAUGGGCGAGUGCAACCUAUGUCGACAGCAUGCUCGCAACGAAAUUUUCCUCAGCCACGUAACGACUAUUGCCAAUUUUGUGAGAACGCACUGGCCUCAACUACAGGUGGUCAUUUGGGAUGACAUGCUGCGCGGCAUGAUGCUAAGCGAAAUGCAUCAUUCACACAUCGGCAACUACGUAGAGCCUAUGGUGUGGGUGUAUGCCAACGAUAUAUACAGAUUCAUACAACCGCAGCUGUGGGACAUGUACUCCAAAGUCUUCCCAACCGUUUGGGCAGCAUCUGCUUUUAAAGGUGCGUUUGGUGAGAGCCUUAUGAUACCACCACUGCAGCGCCAUUUAGAGAAUAAUAUCAGAUGGCUAGCAGUCGUUGCGAAAGAGGGCGGACGGUUUUCGAAAGGCAUACGCGGUUUGACAUUAACCGGUUGGCAACGGUAUGAUCAUUUUGCGGUGUUAUGUGAAUUGCUUCCGGUGGGCAUACCUAGUUUGAUUACCUCACUAUCUACGGUGUCAAAAGGUCAUUUCAUUACCAAUCCGAAGGAGAACGACAUUUUGCGCAUACUCGAGUGUGCCUUCCAUCCAGAUAGUCGACGCUCCGGACAUCCCUGGAUAGAGCUACACCCGAACUCACAUCAUAGUCAGUUAUUUUCCUCCUGCACAUAUCCCGGAAGCAUGGUAUACAAGUAUGCGUUGCGACUCUUUGAUAAGCUAGUAGAGGUACAGAAUUACUUGCUACAUGUGAAGGAACAAAGUGCCUGGAUGUCGGACUACAAUGUGCGUCACAAUUUUUCCUCGCCACUCCGUGUACGGGAGCUCACGAUUAAUACGCCGAACUACCUUAAUGAACUAAGUGGCAUGGCCAGAGAAGCCCACGAAGUGAUGUACGAGGUGUUUGACGAUUAUACCAUCGUUGAAUUUGUCGAGCAAAAUAUUUAUCCGACGAUUGCGAAACUGCAACGGCAAUUGGAACACGCCCAAAGUUUAAUGCAACGACGUGUAUGGCCGCAGCGUCCUCUUCCUUACGGUGCGGAAUUGGUUGAGCUUAAUUUGGUUCCCCUUCAAUUGUUAAAUGCGGCCGGAACUGGCGCUGAAGCUGGGAGCAAUGGUGAUAUGACAUAAAUUUAAGUUGUAGUUUUAAGCCCAAUGGGAUCAAAUGACGUUAACAAUUGAAAUAAUAUUCAAAUGCUUUAAGCAAAGAGAUUAUUAAAAAAAAGAGCACCGUUAAUUAGGCGAGAAACACAA